AGAUGACCCAAACAACGACAUGGACGAGGGCUGUCUGCAGGUGUUUGUGGAGAUCUGGGUUUUCAAACUACAGCCAUCCUGGGAAGAAACUAUCUCAUGUACUGGAGAUCUUGGGAGAAGUAGGAACUGGCCCGUCAGGCCGGGAAUAAAGAGCCACAAGAACAGUGGCAGGUACCGAGUAGGCAGACCAGUGACUCAAGCUCAAGUGGAGUCGUUGCUGAUGCCUCAUCUCAGUCCACUGACUUCAGUGGUGAGGUGGUAGCUGGAGUUGAGAAGACGGCAGCUCCUGAUGAUGGCAACAAUGAAGAUGGAAGCAGGGGAGGCAAGAAAAUGAUGCCGAAUAAUUGUUCAAGUGGCGAGCAAGAUGCCAGAUCUGCAUUUUUGGCUUACCCUGCUCUCCACGAGGAGGCUCCAACUGUCAGUGAGAGCAGUGAGGAGGAUGAGGAUAUCAUGUGUGAUGUUGGGACUAUUGCCACUGUCGAAUCAGAGCAGAGGGAGAAAGUGACCAUUGUGAGUGGCACUAUCUCUCGACUUUCCCUACAAACCUUCUCUAUGAAGAAUGCCAGAUGCUUCCCCCAUGGGUGGGCACUGAUGAUCCGGACUUUGUUCAAUAUCCAGUGGGUACCCAGGGAUCAGAUGAUGACUACCACUCUGAGUCGAUCAGUUCUGGGAGGCAGAUAUCAGCAGCCACCUUGGACACUGUCAAGGACGUUGGAAGGGAUUUUAUCCCAGGAGGAGGUGUUGUUGUGGUCCCUCAGCAGUCCACUGGUUUCAGUGGUUUCACUGGACCAGAGGAGAUGGACACAACCAGAAGUUCAUUCAGACAACCUGCUAAAGAAGUGGUCAAUGACAGCCUGUCCUUGUGUGUCAGUGAGAGUCGGCAGAGAGCAGGACGGUUUGGGCACAACAAUGCAGUCUACCCUUCUCUUGGUCUUCUGACUGGAGCAGGAAUGCUGGUGGUCGGAGGCCCAUACACGAGACGUGACAUCUUCAAAACGGUGGCUCUUGAGCCAUCUCCAGAGCCAGUGGAGAACCUGCCCCAACCAUUCCCAGAGGAGACUGACUCCUCCAAGCCACUCCCACCAGACCCCACUCCACCCCAGUCCCAGCAUCCAGAGGUCUCACCUCUUCAACUGCAGGGGAACUACACACCCACUCCUCCACCUCCUCCUCCCCCACUCCUGUCCAGCGAGAUUGAGGAGAAAGUGAGCACCCCUCUGAAGAAACGCCAAUAUCUCGAUCCCCCAGGAAACUACCAGGAGAAGAUUUUGAAGUGGCUUCACACUGGAGUGAGUCGUGGUUUCCAUGGGCCGGAUUUACUCAUUGAACUCUGCUCUGGGGGCUCCCUACUGGGUUGAGCUCCCUUCUUCAGCAGCCGUUCAGACAUAUUAUUAUAGACUGAGGCUGCUGAGAUUUUGCUGUUAUGAAGGACAAUGAUAUUCCUGAUGUCAGCUUUUAAAAAAUACUGUUGUGUAUGCUUCUCUAACAAGUAGUCAUGUUCUCCCACACUUUUAUCAGUUUUUGUCUGUAUACCACCGGUUGAUUAUGUAUUCAUUAUUCAUGACCCGCGUGAUGCUGUGUGUGGGGUGGGGUCUCUCGAGCUGAAUAUACUUG